CGGAAAUCUGCCGCAUAUCCCUUUUCAUGGUUUAUGGUUAUCGUUCUCCCAACGGCCACCGCCAAACUCCUCCGUCUCCUCUCUUCCAUAUCAAACGCCUUUUCUAAUCCCUAUUUCCCCACUUCUCUAAAUCUUCAAUCAUCGGUUUCCAUGGCUGGUAACGAAUCAAAGACUGGAACAGAUGUUCCUCUUGCUAGCACACCUAAUUCCAAAGCACAAAUAAAAACAGUCAAAGUGAGUAAUGUUUCGAUGGCUGUCAAUGAGAAGGAUAUCUGGGAAUUCUUCUCAUUUUCUGGUGAUAUCCAUUAUAUUGAAAUGAAAAGUGAAAGUGAAACCACUAAGCAUGCUUUUGUCACCUUCAAGGAUUCAAAGGGAGCAGAUACAGCAGCUCUUUUGACGGGAGCUACAAUUGCGGAUUUUUCAGUUUCAGUAACCCCUGUUGACAACUACAAGCUGCCUCCAGAGGCUCCUCCUCUAACUGCAGGUGAGACACAGACCCCAGUUACAGAUAGAGAUGAGAGGAGGCGUGAAGUUGUACAAAAGGCGGAGGAUGUGGUAAGCACCAUGCUUGCAAAGGGAUUUGUUCUGGGAAAAGAUGCACUGAGAAAGGCCCAAUCAUUUGACGAAAAGCACCAGUUCACAACCAGCGCCUCCACUACUUAUGCUUCCCUUGACCGUAAGAUAGGUUUGACCAAGAAUUUAAGCAUGGGAAGAGCAGUGGUGAAUGAAAAGAUGAAAGCAGUGGAUGAGCGUUACCAGGUGAGUGAAGCGACAAAAUCGGCCAUUGCUGUAGCUGAACAGAAAGCGGCCAGCGCCAGUAAUGCUCUCAUGCGCAACCAUUACGUAUCCAGUGGAGUUUUGAUGGUUUCAAAUGCUUUAUCUGCGUUUGCAAAGGCAGCUGAAGACGUGGGGUCGAAAACAAAAGAGAAGCUUGACAAGGCCGAGGAGGAAAAGGGGGUUCUAAACAAGGAGAAUACAAACAGAGUUAAUGACGUUGAUGAAUCUUCAACAAAAGACUCUCCUGUAACUGUUCCUGCCACAUCAUCGGAUAAUCCUGCCAAAUCAACAGAUAAUCCUGCCAUAUCAUUGGACAAUCCUGCCAAAUCAACAAACAAUCCUGCCACAUCAUUGGACAAUCCUGCCAAAUCACCGGAUAAUCCUGCCACAUCAUCGGGUAAUCCUGCCAAAUCACCAGAUAAUCCUGCCACAUCAUCGGGUAAUCCUGCCAAAUCAUCGGAUACCAGCAACCCGCCAAAUAACUGAAGAUCCAUUUUACUGACUGUGAUUGGGAAUGUGGCUAGUUGGAUAUAAAGAUGAAGAAACAGAUCAUAUUGAAACUGAGAAAUUAGAAUUGAACAUGAUCAAUUUUAUUCUACUUAAAUCUAGAAGUCAAUUCCUGUAUAGGAUGAGAAUCCUGAAGUAUCUAAUGAAAAGAAUUUAU